UUUGACGGUUUGACUAACGUGGACUCAUGAUGGUGGUACUUUGGAACCCAAAAAGUGAAUAGUGGUGGUAUGGUGGAAUGCUUGGCUUUUUUAGUGGUACUGGAAUCUCCGGUUUCUCUUGUAUUGUGUCAAUUUUCUCAAAACUAAUUUCGAAUCAAAUUUUCUCCCAAAUCCCCAACCCCUCUCCCUCUUCCCGUCGUCCCCGAGCCGACGAGCACCGACGUUUCCCCGGCGAUGGCGAACAAGCUGGUCUCGGAGAUGCAGCUGCCUCCCAACCUCGCCCACCUCCUCGCCGCGCGCCGCCUCACCACGGCCAAGGACGUGCUGUCGCUGCCGGAGGUGGAGCUCAUGUGCCUCCUCGACGCCGGCAUCGCCGUCGCCCGCGCCGCCGUGUCCCACGUCAGCGAGGUCGCCUGCCCUCCCUGCCAGACGGCGCUCGCGCUUCUGGAGGAGCGUGUGAGGCUGGGCGGCGGCGGGCGGCUGGCCACCACGCUCCGCGGGCUGGAUGAGGCGCUGGGCGGAGGUAUCCCCGUGGGGAAGCUCACCGAGGUCGUCGGCCCCUCCGGGAUUGGCAAGACGCAGUUUUGUCUGAAGCUAGCACUGUUAGCAACAUUACCAGAAUGCUAUGGGGGCUUGAAUGGUCGAGUUGUCUAUAUUGACACCGAAUCCAAGUUCUCUUCACGGAGGAUGAUUGAGAUAGGUCAAAAAAGCAUUCCUCAAAUAUUUAGACAAGAAGGCCUAGCACAAAAGAUGACUGGGAGGAUCCUAGUGAUGCGACCUACAUCAUUAUCUGAUUUCACAAAGAGCUUGGAACAGAUGAAGGUGACUCUACUUCAAAAUGAUGUGAAGUUACUCAUUGUUGAUAGUAUGGCAGCUCUCAUGUCAACGGAGAAUGAAAGAGGUGCAUCAGAUCGCACUCAACACCCUCUAAGAUGGGCUCUUUCAUUUCUUAAGUCUAUAGCAGAGUUCUCAAGAAUUCCAGUCAUAGUUACAAACCAAGUCCGCAGUCAAAGUAAAGAUGAUGGUUAUCACUAUUUGUUUGAAGUAAAAAAGAAGGGCGACAGUCAUGGUACUGAAAGAUUUGAAUCUCAUCUUGUUGCUGCUCUAGGAAUCCAGUGGGCUCAUGCUGUAACUAUCCGUCUAGUAUUUGAGUCUCAUUCAGGUCACAGGUUCAUCAAAGUAGCGAAAUCACCUAUGUCUCCAGCAGUAGAAUUUCCUUUCAUCGUGGAAUCAUCAGGCAUUACAUUACUAAGUGAUGAAGGCAUUGAUGUGUCUGGUCCUGAGAUAACCUCAAUUCGCCUUCAAGGGCAAAAUAUUCUGGGUCUGUGACCAUUAGAACGCCACUGACAACAAAAUGUGCAAUCCUGCAUUGUCAAUUGGUCGUUUUUGUUUUGACUAGUUGACAAAUGAGAACACAUGGCAAUGAAUCUCUUCUCUAUUCUCUACUAUUAGAAACAGGGAGUUUCGGUCUCUCACUCCCUAGUCCCUACGACCAUCCUGCCACUCCCGUUGAAUAAUAGAGUGGAAGUUACAAACAAAAAGAAAUUUCAGAAAAGAAAAAAAGGACAAGUGGAAGCAACUGCUCUGCUCGUCCCCAAAGGUCAUGCAACUUAUUCAAAGCUGCAGGAUGAAACAUUGGAAAAAAAAAUGUAAUUAUGGUGCAUCACCCCAUUGGCAGUGGUGUGUGAUAUCUUGCCAGAACCACGAGUUCGGUCGAUGUCCAUUGAGAAAUUGAGAAUUGUCUACAAUCAUUGUUAUAUCCUGCUUGUGUAGGAAAAAGGAAAGAAAAAUGGUACAUUUUUCGAUCAAGUCUUCAGCAGAGGGAACCAUCCAUCUUCUGAUCAUUAUGAAAACUUCUAUAGUAGGCAAUUGUUGUGCCUGAAGGGUCUCUUGUAAACUUUUGGGGAAUCCACAAGCCUUUGCAGUAACUAUGCUAAAUCUCGUCUGGCGCACAUUCUUUGACCGCAGUUUCAGCAAGAAUUGUUGGCAGCGUAUUGGUCUCUCUUGGGCUCUGAUCUUGAAAUUAGAGACAAAAUCAUCAGAUGCAAAUCUAUCUACCUCCAGUUUGCAGGGUUAUAUGGAGAUUUUGGCUUGUCGUAUCGGAAGCAACAGAAUGACUUCAUCUUUUAGAGUGUUCUUCCUUCCUCCUUCAGUUUCCAGACGGUUCAGCUGCUUCAAGCUGAUACCAUAUCAUUGGGCUUUAGGAUAUAGUAAUUCGAUCUGCUCUUCGAGAUUGGCUAGAUUUAGUGGAGUCUGUAACCUAUCCGUAUGCUGUUACUCCUCUGCUGUAUCUCUGUCUUGUAUACAUACUGUCAUCAGUAUCUUGUGGCUUGUAUAAGUUGUAUCUAUGAUUUAUGGUGUUCCUGCUACCA